AUGAGCGAUACAGGCUACGAAACAGAUAGCGUUAGGAGCUAUAACUUUCCGAAUAAUGACCCAGAGCAGGACAGGGAGGAUGUGGCACAUGCUCUAAUAGCAAGCUUCUGCUACCGACUCCACUUUGCAUCUAUAGGGAGAAAUCCACAAAAUAUUCUUGAUAUGGGUACGGGAACUGGAAUAUGGGCCAUUGGCAGCGUCGAUCUAAGCCCUAUUCAACCUCUCUGGGUUCCUCCGAACUCCAUGGCUUUACCCCCAAAUCACUUUGACUAUAUACACUCUCGACACAUGGUUAUGGCCAUUCGGGAUUGGCCUAAACUGAUGCGCCGGGCAUUGAACCACCUCAAGCCGGGAGGAUGGAUGGAGACGCAAGAGAUCCACCACCGCCCCUGUUGCCGCAAUGGGAGCAUGCCACCAGAUCAUCCAGUCGCGCAAUACUGGGGCCUUGUUAGCGACGGACUCGCCGGCUUGGGUAUCGACUCUGACGCGACAUUGCUACUGGCCGACAUGUUGCGCGAUGCAGGAUUCAUUAACGUAACGACAAGAAUAUUCGACGUCCCGAUAGGCAGGGCAAUCCUACUUGAUGGUGCCCAGCCGAUUGCGCUUGGGCCGAUGACGAGGGGCUUGAAGUGGAGUCGAGAACAGGUAGAGAUGCGGUUAGUGGAAGUGAGGAGAGCGUAUAUGGAUGAGUGGGUUCAUAGUUACAUGCCGUUAUAUAUAAUCUGUGGGCAAAAACCUGAGGAGGGCAUGAGUCUGGGGAUAUAGAUGGCAGAGAUGAUAUGAGGAGAGGGGAUUGUUGUGAGAGUGUGAUUUGGGUUUUGUAGGUUCAGGUAUGGUUUUCGAGGAUCACUGGGUUAUCGAUAGUACGGGAGCUGCGGCGAUUUUCAGCCACAAAAGCCACAAAACAGGUCCGCCUUGGAU